AUGUGGCACACACCUGACGACUUCUGUCCUACACUUACAUCUGUAGACCAGCGAUGCACAGAAGAGGCGAUCCAUGACCUCAUGGAGCCUUUUCUUGGGCAAGAUGCGCCACCCAUUCCACCGCUCGCUCGUGACGCACACAUCACAUACUUGAAGCGGCUUCUAGAGCCACUCCCUGCGCCAUACGUAACAUUUGAUGCGAAUCGCGCGUGGAUGCUGUACUGGGUCGCACACGCGCUGGAUUUGUUGCGUGCACCGCUGCGUGGGUCUCUUCAAGCGCGGGCUAUUUCGACGCUUAUGCACUUUCAGUCGCGUGACGGAGGCUUUGGCGGCGGACCCGGCCAGAUUGGCCACCUCAUGAGUACAUAUGCAGCGCCUGAUGGCUCAUUCCUUGUGCAUGAGAAUGGUGAGACGGACGUUCGUGCUACGUACUGCGUUGUGGUCGUCUCCAUGCUGCUGGGGAUCGCGACAGACGAACUGCUUGACAAGACAGGCGCACACCUCCGCAGCUGCCAGACGUAUGAGGGCGGGUUUGCCGCUCUUAGCACGCCAUCUUACGCGGUACAAGGUACAAAAGUGGUGCCGGCUUUGGACCCAGCGAGCCAAGUUGCCCAAGGGGAGGCACAUGGCGGCUAUGCAUUUUGUGCACUUGCAUCGCAUGCACAACUGCACCUUGUCGGCAAGGCUCAUGACGGUGUGGAUGUGGAUGCGCUCGUGCGCUGGGCAACGUCAUUGCAGGGAUCUAUUGCGUAUGAAGGUGGUGGGUUCCGUGGUCGUACCAACAAGCUUGUGGACGGAUGCUAUGGCUGGUUCUGCGGUGGUGGGCUCAUGACGGUCCUGGAAAUGCUCACAGACAGGAGCCGCCAGCCCCACACUUGUGCGAGCGAGCGGGUACGGGCCACGUCGCCAUCACCGCCAUCACCGCCAUCGCCGCCGCGCAUCUGUGCGACAUCGCCUGUGGCGUCGCCACUGUCAUCGUCGUCAUGGUCUACCGAGACCGAUGUCGCGUCGUCCUCAGCCAUAACUCUGCUGCAUCGAGAUGCGCUACGCACCUACAUCCAAGUUGUCGCGCAAGUGCCACGUGGCGGCCUGCGAGACAAGCCAGGCAAGCGGCCAGAUGCGUAUCAUACGUGCUACAAUCUGUGUGGCUUGUCCAUGUGUGAACACCGGCUGCGCUGGAGCGCAGAAGCCGCGUCGCGCGCCGAGCAAUGUCGAGGGCCACUCACCCGAUCUACAACGUGGGUCUUGCGCACGUAG